GUCAUUUACACAUGCCGGAACACUCUGCAAACACAAUCAAUCCUCACAAUUGACAAUUACGCUUCUGCGGUGCUCCCUCCAGAGAGAUCAAUACUGUUUCCUUAGCGUUUGACUACAUCAUGAAAAUCGCCGACCGCACAUUCAUAAUCUCAGGCGGCGCGUCCGGCCUUGGCCUUGCAACAGCCCGUGACCUCCAUACUCACGGCGCUUACGUCUCUCUCCUCGACCUCAACAGCGACGCGGGAUCAAAAAUCGUCUCAGAGCUCGGCUCCCGAGCCAAGUUCUUCGAAGUCGACGUCUCGGACACAGACGCAAUCGAGAAAGCAAUCACAGGCACCGUAGCAUGGAUUAAAGAAACGGGCAAGCCGAUAGGUGGUGUGGUGGCUGGUGCAGGAGUUGGACUUCCAGGACUAAUCAUAGACAAGAAGAACGAGCCACUACCGAUAUCCAGCAUCGACUUUGUGCUGAACAUCAAUCUCAGAGGAACGCUGGAUUUGAUUAGGCAAGCGCUGCCUCACAUGACGACUGCACAACCCGAUGGUCCGGACGGCGAGCGUGGAGUGAUCAUCAUGGUAGCGAGUUCUGCCGCAUUCGACGGGCAGAUGGGACAGGUUGCGUAUGCAGCGAGCAAGGGUGCGGUGGCUAGCUUGACGCUUCCUCUGGCGCGCGACCUGUCCAAAUACGGCAUCCGAGCGGUGACAAUCGCGCCAGCGUUGUUCGAAUCGAACAUGACCAAGCUUUUGUCCGGGAAGGUGAAGCAAAGUCUGGAGAAUGCAAUGGAAUUCCCGAAAAGGGCGGGACAAGCCUCGGAGUUCGCGAGGACAGUGCGGGACUCGAUAGAGAACUCCAUGUUGAAUGGGACGGUAAUACGAUUGGAUGGCGCUAUGAGGAUGCCGGCCAGGUUGUAGAGUAGUUAUUCGAUCUCAGCCAUCCCAAAUCCAUUGAAGGACA